CACUGUUGUUCCUGAUGUGCUUUCUCUCCACAGCUCAGCUCCUUCAAACAGAGUCUGACAAUGAUAUUAUUCCGCGUGGAAAGCAAACUGAAUCCCUGGGAAGAGAACCAGCAAAUGCUUCUGACCACCAACAGACCUGUACACAAGAAAUCCAUGCUGUGCUGAAAGAGAUGAGCGCCUCGUUGGCUGAACAGAGGGUGGAGAUGAGGCACUUACAGAGAGAGAAUGAAGCACAAGCAAGUAAACUGAGAGAACUGGAGUUACAGAAGACUGAGGUGGAGAGGCAGAAGACUGAGCUGGAAAAGCUAAAGCAACAACUUCAAGCACAAUCAGCAGUGCUGAUCACCAUGAAAGAAAGAUCAAACAUCACAGAAAACCAGGUAGAGGCCCUAAAGAGAGACGGAGAAGUCAAACAGGUAGCUUUCUCAGCCUCUCUGUUGGCUUCAGGUGAAGGAACUGUUGGACCAUUCAACACACACACUCCUCUGGUCUUCAGACACAUUGUCACAAACGCCGGAAAUGCCUACAACCCAAACACAGGUUUCUUCAUUGCACCAGUGAGAGGAGCCUACCACUUUGAGUUCUACAUAGGUGCACAUGGACAUGCUUCACAUGCUUCAGGUGCUGUGUUGGUGAAGAACGGACAGCAUGUUUUUAUUGCAUAUGAGCAUCAGCCAUCCCAUUAUGGAACUUCUGCUAAUGGCGUCACGCUGCUUCUAGAGGUCGGAGAUGUUGUGUUUUUACGUCUGUGGGUUAACACAAGGAUAUUUGACAAUGGAAAUCACCAUAGCACCUUCAGUGGACAUCUGCUUUUCACCAUGUGAGAGGGAAACAAUCUUUCUGUUUCUUUAGCUAUAUGAUAGCCUUUCACACACUGCAGCAGUGUAUAAGUGUGUGUUGAUAAAAGUGUCUUUUUCCUUUAUAUGAAGCUGAUUGACAACACUGGGACAUAACAACAGUAAUAGUUUAGAUAGUAAUAGUAAAGAAAAGGUUCAUGAAAUUUCAUCUCUUUCUGGAGCUGUAUCAAAAUACUCAAUAAUAGACAAUGGUGGGAUACUUUUGCAAGUUUUUUGAACAUUAGAUUAAGGAAAUGCACUAAUUCAUGAGGAAAUUGUGGAAAUGUUCAAAAAUCUCUUGAUUUCUGUUACAAUUUUUAAAGA